GGCCACCAGAGAGACAACACAAGCCAAAGCCUGCAUGGGGGCAAAUGGUGGCCACACAGGGACUCCCAUAAAGUGGCCUUGGGACUCUCCGAGAGCAAUCUUGCAGGCCGCCAUGGCAUCGGACGAAGGCAAGCUUUUCGUCGGCGGGCUCAGCUUCGACACCAACGAGCAGUCGCUGGAGCAGGUCUUCUCCAAGUACGGGCAGAUCUCCGAAGUGGUGGUCGUGAAGGACCGGGAGACCCAGCGGUCGCGAGGGUUUGGCUUUGUCACCUUCGAGAACAUCGACGACGCCAAGGACGCCAUGAUGGCCAUGAACGGGAAGUCCGUGGACGGGAGGCAGAUCCGGGUAGACCAGGCCGGCAAGUCCUCCGACAACCGGUCCCGUGGGUACCGAGGUGGCUCCGCGGGGGGCCGGGGCUUCUUCCGAGGGGGCCGAGGCCGGGGCCGCGGGUUCUCCAGAGGAGGAGGUGACCGAGGCUACGGCGGGAGCCGGUUUGAGUCCAGGAGCGGGGGCUACGGAGGCUCCAGAGACUACUACAGCAGCCGGAGUCAAGGCGGCGGCUAUGGUGACCGGAGCUCCGGCGGGUCCUACAGAGACAGCUACGACAGUUACGCUACACACAACGAGUAAAAAUCCUUCCUGCUCAAGAUCGUCCUUCCAAUGGCCGUAUAUUUAAAGAUUUUGGGAGCUUCGCUGAAUCGUUGAUGUGUAGUGAACACACCUCCUUGUACCCCACUUUUGUAGUCUUCUCGGUUCUGAUCUUGUCAAACACAGCCUGACUGCUUCUGACCCCCAGAUGGCCUCAUUGCUAGACCUUUCUUUUUAAGGAAGCGCUGUCCGUUUUUAAGGGUUUUAAAAACGUUUUGAGAAGCACUUCAGAUUUUCCUUUGUCGUUUCUACCAGGAGCCAUAAGUUUUUUAGGAAAUCACUGGGGGUUGUGUUGCCGUUUUUGUUCCUCUUUUUAGCGGGGUCAGGCCCCUGACGUCGGGCACCCCGGUCUCUUAAGAUUGAACGGACUCUGAAUCCGCUUUUUGUCGGAAGCUGAGCACGCUGUGGCUUUUUCCAACUCUGUGUAACGUUUCUGAGUGUCGCGUGGUCGGACCCGUCCUGCGGCAGCCACAGAGGCGCUCCGGCUGCCCUGGGCCUGGUGUGAACGGCCCUUCUGUGCUAUGUAUGACCCGCAGUAGAUCGCAGACGUCCCUCGAGAGGUUCUUGAAAAUGUUUAUUUAUAUUGUCCUUUUUUACUGGAAGACGUAUGCAUAUCUUAUUGAUGUUGUAUUUGAAGUGGUUAAGGAACUCUUGUACGCAGUUUUCUUUGGCUUCACGAAGCCGAUUAAAAGACCGUCUGAAAUGAA